AUGCUCUCUGGAGACAGAAAAUACUACAUAGAAGUUGUGCAUAAGCAAGGAGCGGCUCUUGGCUUUGUACAAGUUUAUUGGAAGCGUCGCAAUGAUACCAAUUUCUACCUUAUCAGUUCAGAGUACUUAUCGUCCCAUGCAAACGAUGUUAUGAUCACCAAAGCAAAAGAUGUUUUGCAUAGUUUGCUUUCGGAGAGCUAUCGUCAAGAUCUUGAGAUGAAAUCUAAAUCAACAGAUCAUAAACGCUUACAAUUUCAAUCACUUCCGUUGCUCCCAAAAGAUAGUUAUCUUCCCUUGUGUGAUUUCCAGUCCGGCUCUUUGUCAAAUGGAGGAAAAGUGUAUCGUUAUCAAGGCCGCAAAGCGGUGCAGUUAUCCAGCGUCUACCCUGCUGAUGAUAGCAGUGCACUGACUGGUGAAAAUUUGCGGAACUGGCCUAACAAAAUUGCCGACAGGGACAAAAUUCAUGGAGUCACGGAUGAGAUAAUUACGUCGCUAAACCAUAAAACCUCAAAGUAAGUUGACCUAAAAAUUAAACUAUCAGCAAUAUAGCAAAUGCCAAAAAAUUCGUGAACUACUGCCGAUGCGCUACGUAACGAUUAAACUCUAUUAAGAAGAAAAACGGUGUAAAAAUUGGGCCACGAUUCGCACGGAUUGCAAAUGAUGAACAGUCCUCACAAAGACCCUCAAACUGUGACUAGCGUCUUUCACCAUCAUUAUGAUACACCAUGCUGAAAUGUCAGCAAAAUAAUAUAUUUUACUAGGCAGCCAUUCGGGCUGAGUUUGGAACUAAUGCUUUAAGGCCAGAGCCAAUCACAUGCAUCAAAGAGGUGUGUGCAUGUCAUUCAUUAACUGGCUUAAUUUCGAUUUCCCAAGUUACUCCCUCCAUCUUGGGAGAGGAAAAAAUUCCUGGAAACCAAGGUUGUUUUAGAGAUACACAUUACAUACAAUGAAGUCCAUUACACUAUCAAACUGAUAUCAUUCUUUGAUCUACUUCCAGGAAAUAUUUUCUGAAGAGAAUUCACAUGGUUUUAAACAUCCCAGAUCCAGUCCAUGGCGAUCUUUAUUCUGUAGAUCUUGAGCUCGGUUCACAAGACGUCAAUCAAUCAUUUCGUUUAUCAGAGCAUGUGUUUGGUAAGGAUGCCAACCACAACUUGUGUUUUCCUCGAGGUAUGAGCUGGAACAAUAAAGCUAAGGUGUAUUUUAUUCUCCCUGUCAAGGAACAAGGAAGAUGGGUGUAUCAUUUUAUAAACGAAAUCACAAUAGCCAGAUCUUUAACGGGCGAUACGAACUUUCAUGUCAUUGUUGUUGACUUUGAAAGCGAGGAUAUUGACAUGACAAAGGCAUUUAACACCACUCUUCUUCAUAACAGACACACGAUUAUUCCAUUAAAAGGGAAAUUUUACAAGACGCUGGCUUUGAACAAAGCUGUUGAGUAUAUUCCAAGUAUACAUGACAUUUUGUUUCUGUUUGAUCUCCAUAUCGACGUUCCCUUGGACAUAUUGGUCAGCGUUCGUAAGGUGAGUUUCUAUCUUUGAUUUGAGUAAUGAUUAUUUACUCGUUAAUCUAUAUAUUUAUUUAGUAUUUAUGUUAUAGACCAAUCUCGCGAGCUUUAUUGUGUCGUGCGGAUAUCCAUUGUAGUGCUAUGAACUGGUACUAGUAAACCUUUAUACGGGUGCUUGCCUUUAGAUUGGUGUGCCAUUUGAUGCUUGACUACAAGCAGUCCCUGCUUUUCAGCGAAGUCCGUCGUGCGAGUAAAAAAAAUAAGUAAAAAAAAAAUUAGUUAGAGCGCCCGAGAGAACCCUAGGAGUUCGUGAGCCUCACUCCAAGGUUCCACGUGGCGCGCUAUCGUAUUGUGCGCAGGGACUGCUCUAGUCUAUCUGAUGUAAGCACACCUCACCAAUAUUUUUUUAUUUACAUUGAUUUAAUCAUAAUUUGUUUCUACGGUCCUCAUUUCUAGCUUUAAUAACAAUUCUUUGUCUUGCAGAACACCGUCGAAGGACAUCUUGUUUACGCUCCCAUUGUAGGCCGGUUACAUUGUGGCAGUACGUAUGUCGAUCAUAAAGGUUAUUGGGAAAUGGAAGGAUUUGGCUUAAUGAGCAUUUAUAAAUCAGACUGGGUGAGGUUCAGAGGUAAAAAAACAUCAGUUUUCAGUUGACGCUUCUUUAGAAAAUACUGAUUAUAAUUUCAUCAGUUCCUAGAACUGACAUGCAAUAUGCACAAUUUCACUACUCGAUUUUCAUUCAGUUGCAUGGCAAGAAAUUCAACUACCUUAAACUUAGCUCUAAAAAAAUUGAGUCAGUACAUUUAAAAUUGUGAAUAUCUGUAGUUAACGGAAAUUUUUUUUUCCAAUGGUAAACGGAAACCUCCUAAAUCUUAUGUAGGCAUAUGUACUCUCUAUAGGAAUGAACACCGAGGACUACAAAUACAAAUGGGGCGGAGAGGACUGGGACUUACUCGACCGUGUUAUCAAUGCUGAGUUAAAAGUUGUUCGAAUAAAGCACCCGGGUCUAUACCAUCAUUAUCAUACAAAACACAAAAUUUGGAAUUAA